AUGGCGCCAGCCCAUGGUGGUGGUGGCGACCACGGCAACUAUUCGUGGACCAGUUCCUACUUUGUCCCACUCAAGAGUGACGCUGGAAAAGUUGUGCCGCGAGGCGGGUGCAGCUCCAACAUAGCUGCGGGCGAGAACGAUGGGAAACGCAGCCUCCACGAUGUGAACAUGGUUGUACACGUGGGCUGCAGACAUGAGAUCGCCUAUGCGAUCGUGGACGUCCCCUUUGGCGAGAAGCUUAUCUGUGCCGACACGUUAGUCGAGGCAAGCGUGAAGCCACAAGACGGUCGUCCGUUGUGGCUUGGCUACGAUGUGAUUUGCAAAUAUAUGGCCCACCGAAAGGUCAAUGGUUUACCAGAAAUAGACCUUGGUUUUCUACCGGCCUUCCAUGCGUACUCCCACGAUACACGCUGCCAAGCGCAGUUCGGCCCACGCUCUAUUAUGGGCACCGGGACGACGCUCGACGGGGAGGGCCACGAGCGCACAAACAGCGUUUUGUCUCGUAGCAUCGCAUCGACGCGGUUCGAGACCGCAGGCAAUCGCCAGCAGGACAUUGCGUGGCUUUUGGAGUACAACAACCGCAAGAAAGAAGCCAGCUACAUUACGCUCGUUACCAAGGCAGCAAAGACAGCAUUUACUCAAGCGCAACACGAGUACGAUUCCUUGAACGGCUGUGUGGACAGCUAUGCGUCCAACCUCUUGGUCAACACAUCUCGACGCACGAAUAUCGUCAAGAAUAUCGCGCUGGCAAGGGUAGCAAUCCACCCAUGA